AUGCUAACAAAGGAGUUCCUCUCCACAGUAGCUCUUGCCUUUCCCAACCACAAUGGAGACCAACCAGCUGCACAUGACUUCAAGGAGAACUCAAAGAGGAAACAAGCUGCCUUUGCUGAUUGGACACACUUUGCCAAUGAACCAUUCUUGCCUUCAAGAUCAAAGGUGUCUAGAAUCACUCAUCCAGCCAUUCGCUAUGUGCACCGCCUCAUCUCCACCACUUUCCAAUGCAAACAAGAAGCCAACAAGGUCACAACCUAUGAGUUCUACAUCCUCACCACACCAUUCAUCAAGCAUGAGUACAAGGCCAACCUUGGCCUCUUGCUUGCCAAGACACUCAUCAAUGUGAGGAAUCUAGCUAAAGACUUGGAAGGCAACAAGAAGCUUUGUUGUUUGCUUUGGGAGACUCAUCACAGCCAUAAUAGAACAUGUGGAAUUGCCAUUCCUAACUAUGAGCCACUACCCAAGCCAAUCCCUUUGGAUCUCCAUGCCCUUCAGCAAAUCCACUUCCUAAACCGUUGGACUCAAAACCCAACCAAGUUUUGCUAUGAGUUUCCAAUUGGCCAACCAACACUUCGCUUGUCUUGCUGCCACAUGAAGAUAUCCCAAGCCUACGCUCAGCGCACAGUCAAAGCUCAACGCCGCCACCAAGAACGCCAUGUUCUCACCACUGGCAUGGCCGCGAACCAAGCCCUAGACCGUGCGAGCAAGCUGGAGAAGAUCGUGGAGUGCCAAUCUCGCUUCAUCUCGCGCCUUGUUCAUGUAGUUCGCCACAUUGCACCGGAGAGACUCUUUCGCCCUUCUCUCACCGCUAGAGAACCAUAUGAGCCUGACCUUGGUGAGUUCUCACUAGACUCAGAGCUUGGUUCAGAAGGCGAUGACCCCAUAGAAGAGGAAGAGAGUUCUUCUCACUGCCACACAUAG